AUGUCAUCUCAAAACGAGAAUGAUAAUGAAACCCGCCACAUCGGGCCUUGGUCAAAAGAAAAAGAUGAACUUUUAUUAGAGUUGAUUAGAACAAUGGAUAACAAACGUUGGAAAGCAAUUGGUGAAAAGUAUGGUCGGCGCGAUGGAAAGCAAUGUCGAGAGAGAUGGGUAAAUCAUUUGGAUCCUAAAUGCAAGUAUUCAACAAUCAAGAACCAAAAAAUAUUCUUUAUGUUAAUAUUAUGCAUAGUAAAUUACGAACCGUUCACCGAAAAAGAGGAUCAACACAUAUUACAAUUAUACGAAAAACAUGGAACAAAAUGGGAAGAUCAGCAAACAUGA